AUGUCGGUAAGACUGUUAUAUGGUAUAAGUGGGUUGAGAAUAUCCACUAGGACAUUCUCUAAAACCGCAUUUAGAUUACAAGAACAAGUCAAUCAAACACAAGAAUCCACAGAUACUGAAAUCAAUGGAAGACCAUUAGUUCCUGCUAACUUGAAAAAUGCAAAAGGUGAAAGACUUAUGAUCCCUUCUAAAUUGCAGGAGAAUGCGUUGAGGAACUAUGAAUUAGAAAGAUUAAGAAUUAUUCCUAAAUUGAAUACUUUCUAUGGUGGUAACCCAGUACACGAAGAGAACUUAAAUACUUUGAAUGGACUUAUCAGAAAAUACAUCAACCUUCCAACUCGGAUUGUGGAUGACAAGGAGAUACAAAACACUAAAUUUGUGUCGUUUGAAGAAUAUAAGACAAGAAUCCAGUCUGGUACUAGACUUAAACCUAUUCACCACAAAGAAUUGACCCAGUUAUUACAUAGGUUAAGAAGUAUCGAUCCAGAAUUAAUGCCAAGGGAAGUUUCUGAUGUAUUGGCAAAGUUUGCAAACACCUCUAGUGAAUCAGCCAAAGCUGCACAGAAAGUGAAGACUUUGGAUGAGUUUGGUAGAGCUAUAAGUCUUGGUAAGAGAAAGAGAUCAGUCGCUAAGGUGUACUUAACCAAAGGUGAUGGUCAAGUUAUGGUCAACGGUAAGUCUUUACUUGAAUACUUUCCAAAGGAAGCUGACCGUCGUAGAAUUGCAUAUCCAUUUCAAGUUGUUUCACAAGAAGGUCAAUAUAAUGUCUUUGCCGAAGUUCAAAGUGGAGGAUCUACAGGUCAAGCCGAAGCAGUCAUGUACGGUAUUGCCAAAGAUUUAGUUAUUUUUAACCCAUUAUUGAAAUCAAGAUUACAUAAGUCUGGAUUAAUGACUAGAGAUGCAAGAAAAGUCGAAAGAAAGAAGCCAGGUAAGGUUAAAGCUAGAAAAUCGCCAACUUGGGUUAAGCGUUAG